ACUGGCAGUUGGAGCAGAAUGUUCUUUCUGACAGGGAGGAGGGAACCAGGCUCUUUCUCUGGCUGAUGGCACUGAGAGCAUCAGAUAGAUGACACACAAUGGGACCAUGCAGGCAUCUCUGAUCUUCUUCCUCUUCUCCAUCCUGCUUGCGACUGGUGUUUGUCUGGAGUGUGAAUUCUGCAGCAGCCAAACUGCCAACUGCAAGGGGCUGUCACAACUCUGCACACCAUCAGAAGAUGUCUGCCUCACCCUCACCAUAGAGACCAUCGUUGAGGAUGCGGUAGUAAUUAUUGCAACGUACAAAGGCUGCACAAGGUCCGUCCACUGCAGCCGGUCGCCCAUGACCUUCACCUUCCCUUUGAAGCGCAAACGGAGAGCCUCCAAGUGCUGCCGCAAGGAUCUUUGCAACCGUGGAAUGGUGACACUGCCAAAAUUCGGGAUCAGACCGAACGGGCUGAAGUGUCCUGGAUGCAUCUCGCAGGAUCCAAGUUGCCCACCCACUGAACUAAUACACUGCCAUGGCUGGGAAGACCAUUGUGUCUAUUAUAAUGUGGAUGUGGAACAGGGUGGCAUGAUUUAUUCUCAUGUGAAACGUGGCUGUGGGACCAGGAACUCUUGUAUGCAUCACUCACGUGUGUUUGGGGUGCCUGGGAAGUUUAUGGAAACGUAUAAGAAAGCCCAAUGCACUCCAGCCCCAAGGAUACACACUAAGCACCGACAUUCUCACAAGAACAGAGACUCCGGCUAACAAAAACAUCCGCUGAAGCAUCUUGCUUUCCAGCAGCUGAAGUCCAAAAGAAAUCUAAAAAUAAAUAAAAAUCCAGGCAUUA